AUGCCAUUCGGGGAAGCCUUACAACAGAUGCCCCUCUACUCCAAAUUUAUGAAGGAAAUCCUCACCAAGAAGGGGAAGUACAUUGACAAUGAAAACAUUGUGGUAGGGGGGAAGGAGACGGUGAACAAGGCCCUCAUUGACUUAGGAGCAAGCAUCAAUCUGAUGCCCUUGUCAAUGUGUAAAAGAAUUGGGAAUCUGAAGAUAGAUCCUACCAAGAUGACGCUUCAGCUAGCAGACCGCUCGAUUACAAGGUCGUACGGGUUGGUAGAAGAUGUCCUAGUCAAGGUACGCCAUUUUACUUUUCCAGUGGACUUUGUCAUAAUGGAUAUCGAAGAAGACACAGACAUUCCCCUCAUCUUAGGCAGACCAUUCAUGCUGACUGCCAACUGUGUGGUGGAUAUGGGGAAUGGGAACUUGGAGUUGAGUAUUGACAAUCAGAAGAUCACCUUCGACCUCUUCAAAGCAAUGAAGUAUCCACAGGAAGGUUGGAAGUGUUUCAGAGUAGAGGAGAUUGAUAAGGAAGAUGUCAGUAUUCUCGAGACACCACAGUCUUCACUGGAGAAAGCAAUGGUAAAUGCUUUGGACUGUCUAACCAGUGAAGAGGAGAAAGAUCUAAAGGCUUGCUUGGAAGACUUGGAUCAACAAGACAGUAUUCCUGAGGGAGAAGCCAAGUUUGAGACGCUAGAAGAGAAAGUUCCAUCCGAGAAGAAGAAGAUAGAGUUAAAGAUAUUGCCCGAUCAUCUAAAGUAUGUGUUCUUGGAGGAAGACAAGCCUGUAGUAAUCAGCAAUGCACUCACGACAGAAGAGGAAAACAGGUUAGUAGAUAUCUUCAAGAAACACAGGGAAGCUAUUGGAUGA